GUAUAUUUAAAAAAUUAUAUAUUGAUCCGCCGCCACCAAAUUCCACUCUACAAUCCUAACCCUUUCUCGCAGAUUCGUCAUCUUCUCAUAAGUGAAAAUGCCCUCUGUCCAACCAACAUUGGCUCCUGAGAUCGCCAACAAUGUCAUCAAGCUUUAUCGUGAAUGCCUACGGCGAGCUCAUUCUUUUGAGCCUCAGCAGAACAGAGAACUUUUAAUUAUUUUGGUGCAAUCGCAGUUCAGGCAUCAUAAGGAUGAGACCAACCCAGAUAAGAUUCAAAAGUACAAGGACGAUGCGGUAAGAGGAGUGAUCGAUCAUAUGAUAUUCGAAGCCCAGAGAAAAGCCCACCAAACGCAAAGCACUGAUGAAAGCUGAAUGCUAGUAUGUUCUUAAGUUAUUAGCUUUUGUUCCUUUUUGGUGAGUUGUGGGGAAUAUUUUCUUCAAAGUAGGGUAAAUUUGAUGCUGCCUUUGUCCAUAGCAUCACACUGAUGGGAUAAUAAUGUAUGCAAAACCAUAAUUCGUGUUUAAAAUUUGAUUGACUUUUACAA